AGAUCGCUAGCCUUCUGACUGAUGUUAAAAAGUUGGUUACAUAUUUCAAACACUCAGGACAGCAGGGCAAGCUUAAAAAGUCACUGAAACAAUCCAUAGAGACACGAUGGAACUCUAACUUUGACAUGUUAAAUUCUGUCUUGGAACAGUACGAAGACAUUGCAUCUGUGCUGACUGAGAGCAAUAAUUAUGACAAGAUCGGACGCAUUAGCAUCAGUACUCUUAAGUUACUAGUAUCAUUCCUAAAACCCUUCAAAGAGGCAACUGACGACUUGGAAACUGAUAACACAGCUCCCAGUGCCUCACUUGUUCUUCCGUGGUCUGUGCGAUUAAUUGAGCACUGUACAUCAGCCACAAAAGACCCUCUGCUCUCUGAAAUUGCAACCGUCUGUGUAACACGGCUGAAAGAAUUACUGUCAGCAGACAGCACUUCAUCCCAUUCUGUUCACAUGCUUUAUAAAAUAGCAACCUUUCUGACACCAAAUCUGCGAGGUCUGAGAAUGUUAGAUGAAAGAGGGCGACAGAAUGUGAUACAGGGAGUCAAGGAGAUGAUCGAAGAUUUAAAGUUUGAUCAUGCACAUGAUGAGGAUGUUGAACCAACACCUGCCAAAAGGCCUACUGUUCUUCAUAAAUUUUCAGAUUGGGAGGAAGAGGAAGAAUCAUGUGGAUCAAAAUCACUAGAUGUUCAGAUUCAGGAGUACAGGACCAUGAAACUUGAAUUAUCAAGUCAACAAAACAUUUUGCAGUGGUGGAAUUCCAACAGUUCCCAGUUCCCUGCCCUGAGCAACCUUGCAAGAUUUGUCCUCUGCAUCCCGGCAACGAGUGCACCUUCCGAGAGAGCAUUCAGCCUUUGUGGUCGGAUUUUGGAGGAGAGACGUUCAGUACUGAAACCCUCAUCAGAGAGACCUUGAAUUCGACAUUGG